AUGACGCCAUGGCGCCGCCACAGACACUGGCAGCUCAAGCCAGCUCGCCGCGAACCACACUGUGAUCAAAUACCCCCUCUUUCUCAUCUCCCGACGCGCGUCGGCAGCCUCCGCGCUCUGCUCCUCGCGUUGCUUCUCCUCCACCCCACGCCCAUCCCCCACAGCAGUCCGCCACAUGAGGGCAGCGCGCGCGGGGCGGGGUGCGCGCGCUGGUACGGCGUGGCGUGGGUGGGCGCGCUGAUUCGCGAGCGGCCGAGGAAGCACCCCGAGAUGGAGGACGCGUUUCGGCAGCGAGUACGUGGCGGUUGGCCCCCCACCUUGACCCCUUCCCGCUCCACCGUCUCUCCCAUGCUGCCCUCCCUCCCACCCAUCCAUGCCAUGACCCCUGUCCCAUGCGCCCCUCACGGGCAGCAGCCCCCAGCUUGCAACACUGCUGCCUCACACACCCUGAACCACGGUCUACCCCCUUGCCUUGACCUGUGCGGCGAGGGACCGUGCCAGGUUGAGGAGCUGCUCGCAUCGUUUGAGACCAGUGCUGACGUGGCGGCGCUGAGUCAGCAGCGCACGGGUCACAGUGCCCCCAUCGUGCUGUAUCCCCUCGCUCACACCCUUCCCCGCCUGCUCUUCUCCAUGCACACCCAUCACCCCUCAUCACCACCCCUGCAGAUGAUCUCACUGGGCCACCCACAGUGCGAGGCAGCGAGGGAGCACACACCGCCGCCUGUGAGCGAGCCCAAGCCCAUCCUGCGAGCGGUGGGGUGCCACAAGGCGGUGGAGUUCAGCGAGGCCCUGCGGGUCGUCACUGAUGAGGCCGUCAACUCGCUCGUGCACCUGCGCGCUGCUGGGGGAGGGGGGGGAGGAGUGGGGGAAGAGGGGGGAGAGGGGGGGGUGGAGGGGAAGGGGUGGUUGGAGACGCGGCGGCGUGUGGAGUGGCGGUUUGGGCUCACGCUGCUGCAGCGGUUUGACUACCAGGCCGUGAACGUGGCUCACUUCAGAGGCUCUCUUUCCCAGGCUCUCUUUCCCAUGCUCUCUUUCCCAUGCUCUCUUUCCCAUGCUCUCUUUCCCAGGCUCUCUUUCCCAGGCUUUUUUUCCCAGGCUCUCUUUCCCAUGCUCUCUUUCCCAGGCUCUCUUUCCCAGGCUCUCUUUCCCAUGCUCUCUUUCCCAGGCUCUCUUUCCCAGGCUCUCUUUCCCAUGCUCUCUUUCCCAUGCUCUCUUCCCAGCUCUCCAGGCUCUCUUUCCCAGGCUCUCUUUCCCAGGCUCUCUUUCCCAGGCUCUCUUUCCCAGGCUCUCUUUCCCAUGCUCUCUUUCCCAUGCUCUCUUUCCCAGGCUCUCUUUCCCAGGCUCUCUUUCCCAGGCUCUCUUUCCCAGGCUCUCUUUCCCAGGCUCUCUUUCCCAUGCUCUCUUUCCCAGGCUCUCUUUCCCAUGCUCUCUUUCCCAGGCUCUCUUUCCCAGGCUCUCUUUCCCAGGCUCUCUUUCCCAGGCUCUCUUUCCCAGGCUCUCUUUCCCAUGCUCUCUUUCCCAUGCUCUCUUUCCCAGGCUCUCUUUCCCAUGCUCUCUUUCCCAUGCUCUCUUUCCCAUGCUCUCUUUCCCAUGCUCUCUUUCCCAUGCUCUCUUUCCCAGGCUUUUUUUCCCAGGCUCUCUUUCCCAUGCUCUCUUUCCCAGGCUCUCUUUCCCAGGCUCUCUUUCCCAUGCUCUCUUUCCCAGGCUCUCUUUCCCAUGCUCUCUUUCCCAUGCUCUCUUUCCCAGGCUCUCUUUCCCAGGCUCUCUUUCCCAGGCUCUCUUUCCCAGGCUCUCUUUCCCAGGCUCUCUUUCCCAUGCUCUCUUUCCCAUGCUCUCUUUCCCAGGCUCUCUUUCCCAUGCUCUCUUUCCCAUGCUCUCUUUCCCAGGCUCUCUUUCCCAUGCUCUCUUUCCCAUGCUCUCUUUCCCAUGCUCUCUUUCCCAGGCUUUUUUUCCCAGGCUCUCUUUCCCAUGCUCUCUUUCCCAGGCUCUCUUUCCCAGGCUCUCUUUCCCAUGCUCUCUUUCCCAGGCUCUCUUUCCCAGGCUCUCUUUCCCAUGCUCUCUUUCCCAGGCUCUCUUUCCCAUGCUCUCUUUCCCAUGCUCUCUUUCCCAGGCUCUCUUUCCCAGGCUCUCUUUCCCAUGCUCUCUUUCCCAUGCUCUCUUUCCCAGACUCUCUUUCCCAGGCUCUCUUUCCCAGGCUCUCUUUCCCAUGCUCUCUUUCCCAUGCUCUCUUUCCCAGGCUCUCUUUCCCAGGCUCUCUUUCCCAGGCUCUCUUUCCCAGGCUCUCUUUCCCAUGCUCUCUUUCCCAUGCUCUCUUUCCCAUGCUCUCUUUCCCAGGCUCUCUUUCCCAGGCUUUUUUUCCCAGGCUCUCUUUCCCAUGCUCUCUUUCCCAGGCUCUCUUUCCCAGGCUCUCUUUCCCAUGCUCUCUUUCCCAUGCUCUCUUUCCCAGGCUCUCUUUCCCAGGCUCUCUUUCCCAGGCUCUCUUUCCCAGGCUCUCUUUCCCAUGCUCUCUUUCCCAUGCUCUCUUUCCCAGGCUCUCUUUCCCAGGCUCUCUUUCCCAUGCUCUCUUUCCCAUGCUCUCUUUCCCAGGCUCUCUUUCCCAGAAUCUCUUUCCCAGGCUCUCUUUCCCAUGCUCUCUUUCCCAGGCUCUCUUUCCCAGGCUCUCUUUCCCAUGCUCUCUUUCCCAUGCUCUCUUUCCCAGGCUCUCUUUCCCAGGCUCUCUUUCCCAGGCUCUCUUUCCCAUGCUCUCUUUCCCAUGCUCUCUUUCCCAGGCUCUCUUUCCCAGGCUCUCUUUCCCAGGCUCUCUUUCCCAGGCUCUCUUUCCCAGGCUCUCUUUCCCAUGCUCUCUUUCCCAGGCUCUCUUUCCCAGGCUCUCUUUCCCAGGCUCUCUUUCCCAGGCUCUCUUUCCCAGGCUCUCUUUCCCAGGCUCUCUUUCCCAGGCUCUCUUUCCCAUGCUCUCUUUCCCAUGCUCUCUUUCCCAGGCUCUCUUUCCCAUGCUCUCUUUCCCAUGCUCUCUUUCCCAGGCUCUCUUUCCCAUGCUCUCUUUCCCAUGCUCUCUUUCCCAUGCUCUCUUUUCCCAGGCUUUUUUUCCCAGGCUCUCUUUCCCAUGCUCUCUUUCCCAGGCUCUCUUUCCCAGGCUCUCUUUCCCAUGCUCUCUUUCCCAGGCUCUCUUUCCCAUGCUCUCUUUCCCAUGCUCUCUUUCCCAGGCUCUCUUUCCCAGGCUCUCUUUCCCAGGCUCUUCCCUUUUCCCAGGCUCUCUUUCCCAUGCUCUCUUUCCCAUGCUCUCUUUCCCAGGCUCUCUUUCCCAUGCUCUCUUUCCCAUGCUCUCUUUCCCAGGCUCUCUUUCCCAUGCUCUCUUUCCCAUGCUCUCUUUCCCAUGCUCUCUUUCCCAGGCUUUUUUUCCCAGGCUCUCUUUCCCAUGCUCUCUUUCCCAGGCUCUCUUUCCCAGGCUCUCUUUCCCAUGCUCUCUUUCCCAGGCUCUCUUUCCCAGGCUCUCUUUCCCAUGCUCUCUUUCCCAGGCUCUCUUUCCCAUGCUCUCUUUCCCAUGCUCUCUUUCCCAGGCUCUCUUUCCCAGGCUCUCUUUCCCAUGCUCUCUUUCCCAUGCUCUCUUUCCCAGACUCUCUUUCCCAGGCUCUCUUUCCCAGGCUCUCUUUCCCAUGCUCUCUUUCCCAUGCUCUCUUUCCCAGGCUCUCUUUCCCAGGCUCUCUUUCCCAGGCUCUCUUUCCCAUGCUCUCUUUCCCAUGCUCUCUUUCCCAUGCUCUCUUUCCCAGGCUCUCUUUCCCAGGCUUUUUUUCCCAGGCUCUCUUUCCCAUGCUCUCUUUCCCAGGCUCUCUUUCCCAGGCUCUCUUUCCCAUGCUCUCUUUCCCAUGCUCUCUUUCCCAGGCUCUCUUUCCCAGGCUCUCUUUCCCAGGCUCUCUUUCCCAGGCUCUCUUUCCCAUGCUCUCUUUCCCAUGCUCUCUUUCCCAGGCUCUCUUUCCCAGGCUCUCUUUCCCAUGCUCUCUUUCCCAUGCUCUCUUUCCCAGGCUCUCUUUCCCAGAAUCUCUUUCCCAGGCUCUCUUUCCCAUGCUCUCUUUCCCAUGCUCUCUUUCCCAUGCUCUCUUUCCCAUGCUCUCUUUCCCAGGCUCUCUUUCCCAGGCUCUCUUUCCCAUGCUCUCUUUCCCAUGCUCUCUUUCCCAGGCUCUCUUUCCCAGGCUCUCUUUCCCAUGCUCUCUUUCCCAUGCUCUCUUUCCCAGGCUCUCUUUCCCAUGCUCUCUUUCCCAGGCUCUCUUUCCCAUGCUCUCUUUCCCAUGCUCUCUUUCCCAGGCUCUCUUUCCCAUGCUCUCUUUCCCAUGCUCUCUUUCCCAUGCUCUCUUUCCCAUGCUCUCUUUCCCAGGCUCUCUUUCCCAUGCUCUCUUUCCCAUGCUCUCUUUCCCAUGCUCUCUUUCCCAGACUCUCUUUCCCAGGCUCUCUUUCCCAUGCUCUCUUUCCCAGGCUCUCUUUCCCAGGCUCUCUUUCCCAGGCUCUCUUUCCCAGGCUCUCUUUCCCAGGCUCUCUUUCCCAUGCUCUCUUUCCCAGGCUCUCUUUCCCAGGCUCUCUUUCCUAGGCUCUCUUUCCCAUGCUCUCUUUCCCAGGCUCUCUUUCCCAGACUCUCUUUCCCAGGCUCUCUUUCCCAGGCUCUCUUUCCCAGGCUCUCUUUCCCAGGCUCUCUUUCCCAGGCUCUCUUUCCCAGGCUCUCUUUCCCAGGCUCUCUUUCCCAUGCUCUCUUUCCCAGGCUCUCUUUCCCAUGCUCUCUUUCCUAGGCUCUCUUUCCCAGACUCUCUUUCCCAGGCUCUCUUUCCCAGGCUCUCUUUCCCAUGCUCUCUUUCCCAUGCUCUCUUUCCCAGACUCUCUUUCCCAGGCUCUCUUUCCCAUGCUCUCUUUCCCAGGCUCUCUUUCCCAGGCUCUCUUUCCCAGGCUCUCUUUCCCAGGCUCUCUUUCCCAUGCUCUCUUUCCCAUGCUCUCUUUCCCAGGCUCUCUUUCCCAGGCUCUCUUUCCCAUGCUCUCUUUCCCAUGCUCUCUUUCCCAGGCUCUCUUUCCCAUGCUCUCUUUCCCAUGCUCUCUUUCCCAUGCUCUCUUUCCCAGGCUCUCUUUCCCAGGCUCUCUUUCCCAGGCUCUCUUUCCCAGGCUCUCUUUCCCAUGCUCUCUUUCCCAUGCUCUCUUUCCCAGGCUCUCUUUCCCAUGCUCUCUUCCCAUCCCAGGCUCUCUUUCCCAGGCUCUCUUUCCCAGGCUCUCUUUCCCAUGCUCUCUUUCCCAGGCUCUCUUUCCCAUGCUCUCUUUCCCAGGCUCUCUUUCCCAGGCUCUCUUUCCCAUGCUCUCUUUCCCAUGCUCUCUUUCCCAGGCUCUCUUUCCCAUGCUCUCUUUCCCAUGCUCUCUUUCCCAUGCUCUCUUUCCCAUGCUCUCUUUCCCAUGCUCUCUUUCCCAUGCUCUCUUUCCCAGACUCUCUUUCCCAGGCUCUCUUUCCCAUGCUCUCUUUCCCAUGCUCUCUUUCCCAUGCUCUCUUUCCCAUGCUCUCUUUCCCAGGCUCUCUUUCCCAGGCUCUCUUUCCCAUGCUCUCUUUCCCAUGCUCUCUUUCCCAGGCUCUCUUUCCCAUGCUCUCUUUCCCAGGCUCUCUUUCCCAGGCUCUCUUUCCCAUGCUCUCUUUCCCAUGCUCUCUUUCCCAGGCUCUCUUUCCCAUGCUCUCUUUCCCAUGCUCUCUUUCCCAGGCUCUCUUUCCCAUGCUCUCUUUCCCAUGCUCUCUUUCCCAUGCUCUCUUUCCCAUGCUCUCUUUCCCAGGCUCUCUUUCCCAUGCUCUCUUUCCCAGGCUCUCUUUCCCAGAAUCUCUUUCCCAGGCUCUCUUUCCCAUGCUCUCUUUCCCAUGCUCUCUUUCCCAGGCUCUCUUUCCCAGGCUCUCUUUCCCAUGCUCUCUUUCCCAGGCUCUCUUUCCCAUGCUCUCUUUCCCAGGCUCUCUUUCCCAUGCUCUCUUUCCCAGGCUCUCUUUCCCAUGCUCUCUUUCCCAGGCUCUCUUUCCCAUGCUCUCUUUCCCAUGCUCUCUUUCCCAUGCUCUCUUUCCCAUGCUCUCUUUCCCAGGCUCUCUUUCCCAUGCUCUCUUUCCCAUGCUCUCUUUCCCAGGCUCUCUUUCCCAGGCUCUCUUUCCCAGGCUCUCUUUCCCAGGCUCUCUUUCCCAUGCUCUCUUUCCCAUGCUCUCUUUCCCAGGCUCUCUUUCCCAUGCUCUCUUUCCCAUGCUCUCUUUCCCAUGCUCUCUUUCCCAGGCUCUCUUUCCUAGGCUUUUUUUCCCAGGCUCUCUUUCCCAUGCUCUCUUUCCCAUGCUCUCUUUCCCAGGCUCUAUUUCUCAUGCUCUCUUUCCCAUGCUCUCUUUCCCCGGCUCUCUUUCCCAGGCUCUCUUUCCCAUGCUCUCUUUCCCAUGCUCUCUUUCCCAUGCUCUCUUUCCCAUGCUCUCUUUCCCAGGCUCUCUUUCCCAUGCUCUCUUUCCCAUGCUCUCUUUCCCAUGCUCUCUUUCCCAGACUCUCUUUCCCAGGCUCUCUUUCCCAUGCUCUCUUUCCCAUGCUCUCUUUCCCAUGCUCUCUUUCCCAUGCUCUCUUUCCCAGGCUCUCUUUCCUAGGCUUUUUUUCCCAGGCUCUCUUUCCCAUGCUCUCUUUCCCAUGCUCUCUUUCCCAGGCUCUAUUUCUCAUGCUCUCUUUCCCAUGCUCUCUUUCCCCGGCUCUCUUUCCCAGGCUCUCUUUCCCAUGCUCUCUUUCCCAUGCUCUCUUUCCCAUGCUCUCUUUCCCAUGCUCUCUUUCCCAGGCUCUCUUUCCCAUGCUCUCUUUCCCAGGCUCUCUUUCCCAGGCUCUCUUUCCCAUGCUCUCUUUCCCAUGCUCUCUUUCCCAUGCUCUCUUUCCCAUGCUCUCUUUCCCAGACUCUCUUUCCCAGGCUCUCUUUCCCAGGCUCUAUUUCUCAUGCUCUCUUUCCCAUGCUCUCUUUCCCCGGCUCUCUUUCCCAGGCUCUCUUUCCCAUGCUCUCUUUCCCAUGCUCUCUUUCCCAUGCUCUCUUUCCCAUGCUCUCUUUCCCAUGCUCUCUUUCCCAUGCUCUCUUUCCCAGGCUCUCUUUCCCAGGCUCUCUUUCCCAUGCUCUCUUUCCCAUGCUCUCUUUCCCAGGCUCUCUUUCCCAUGCUCUAUUUCUCAUGCUCUCUUUCCCAUGCUCUCUUUCCCAGGCUCUCUUUCCCCGGCUCUCUUUCCCAGGCUCUCUUUCCCAUGCUCUCUUUCCCAGGCUCUCUUUCCCAUGCUCUCUUUCCCAGGCUCUCUUUCCCAGGCUCUCUUUCCCAUGCUCUCUUUCCCAUGCUCUCUUUCCCAUGCUCUCUUUCCCAGGCUCUCUUUCCCAGGCUCUCUUUCCCAGGCUCUAUUUCUCAUGCUCUCUUUCCCAUGCUCUCUUUCCCAGGCUCUCUUUCCCAGGCUCUCUUUCCCAGGCUCUCUUUCCCAGGCUCUCUUUCCCAUGCUCUCUUUCCCAUGCUCUCUUUCCCAUGCUCUCUUUCCCAGGCUCUCUUUCCCAGGCUUUUUUUCCCAGGCUCUCUUUCCCAUGCUCUCUUUCCCAGGCUCUCUUUCCCAGGCUCUCUUUCCCAUGCUCUCUUUCCCAUGCUCUCUUUCCCAGGCUCUCUUUCCCAGGCUCUCUUUCCCAGGCUCUCUUUCCCAGGCUCUCUUUCCCAUGCUCUCUUUCCCAUGCUCUCUUUCCCAGGCUCUCUUUCCCAGGCUCUCUUUCCCAUGCUCUCUUUCCCAUGCUCUCUUUCCCAGGCUCUCUUUCCCAGAAUCUCUUUCCCAGGCUCUCUUUCCCAUGCUCUCUUUCCCAUGCUCUCUUUCCCAGGCUCUCUUUCCCAGGCUCUCUUUCCCAUGCUCUCUUUCCCAGGCUCUCUUUCCCAUGCUCUCUUUCCCAGGCUCUCUUUCCCAGAAUCUCUUUCCCAGGCUCUCUUUCCCAUGCUCUCUUUCCCAUGCUCUCUUUCCCAGGCUCUCUUUCCCAGGCUCUCUUUCCCAUGCUCUCUUUCCCAGGCUCUCUUUCCCAUGCUCUCUUUCCCAGGCUCUCUUUCCCAUGCUCUCUUUCCCAGGCUCUCUUUCCCAUGCUCUCUUUCCCAUGCUCUCUUUCCCAUGCUCUCUUUCCCAUGCUCUCUUUCCCAUGCUCUCUUUCCCAUGCUCUCUUUCCCAGGCUCUCUUUCCCAUGCUCUCUUUCCCAUGCUCUCUUUCCCAGGCUCUCUUUCCCAGGCUCUCUUUCCCAUGCUCUCUUUCCCAUGCUCUCUUUCCCAUGCUCUCUUUCCCAGGCUCUCUUUCCCAGGCUCUCUUUCCCAGGCUCUCUUUCCCAUGCUCUCUUUCCCAGGCUCUCUUUCCCAGGCUCUCUUUCCCAUGCUCUCUUUCCCAUGCUCUCUUUCCCAUGCUCUCUUUCCCAUGCUCUCUUUCCCAGGCUCUCUUUCCCAGGCUCUCUUUCCCAGGCUCUCUUUCCCAGGCUCUCUUUCCCAUGCUCUCUUUCCCAUGCUCUCUUUCCCAGGCUCUCUUUCCCAGGCUCUCUUUCCCAUGCUCUCUUUCCCAUGCUCUCUUUCCCAGGCUCUCUUUCCCAGAAUCUCUUUCCCAGGCUCUCUUUCCCAUGCUCUCUUUCCCAUGCUCUCUUUCCCAUGCUCUCUUUCCCAUGCUCUCUUUCCCAGGCUCUCUUUCCCAGGCUCUCUUUCCCAGGCUCUCUUUCCCAUGCUCUCUUUCCCAUGCUCUCUUUCCCAUGCUCUCUUUCCCAUGCUCUCUUUCCCAUGCUCUCUUUCCCAUGCUCUCUUUCCCAUGCUCUCUUUCCCAUGCUCUCUUUCCCAUGCUCUCUUUCCCAGGCUCUCUUUCCCAUGCUCUCUUUCCCAUGCUCUCUUUCCCAGGCUCUCUUUCCCAGACUCUCUUUCCCAGGCUCUCUUUCCCAUGCUCUCUUUCCCAGGCUCUCUUUCCCAGGCUCUCUUUCCCAGGCUCUCUUUCCGAGGCUCUCUUUCCCAGGCUCUCUUUCCCAUGCUCUCUUUCCCAGGCUCUCUUUCCCAUGCUCUCUUUCCCAGGCUCUCUUUCCCAGGCUCUCUUUCCCAUGCUCUCUUUCCCAGGCUCUCUUUCCCAGGCUCUCUUUCCCAGGCUCUCUUUCCCAGGCUCUCUUUCCCAGGCUCUCUUUCCCAUGCUCUCUUUCCCAGGCUCUCUUUCCCAGGCUCUCUUUCCCAGGCUCUCUUUCCCAGGCUCUCUUUCCCAGGCUCUUUCCCAUGCUCUAUUUCCCAGGCUCUCUUUCCCAGGCUCUCUUUCCCAGGCUCUCUUUCCCAUGCUCUCUUUCCCAUGCUCUCUUUCCCAGGCUCUCUUUCCCAGGCUCUCUUUCCCAGGCUCUCUUUCCCAUGCUCUCUUUCCCAGGCUCUCUUUCCUAGGCUCUCUUUCCCAGGCUCUCUUUCCCAUGCUCUCUUUCCCAGGCUCUCUUUCCCAUGCUCUCUUUCCCAGGCUCUCUUUCCCAGGCUCUCUUUCCCAGGCUCUCUUUCCCAGACUCUCUUUCCCAGGCUCUCUUUCCCAGACUCUCUUUCCCAUGCUCUCUUUCCCAUGCUCUCUUUCCCAGGCUCUCUUUCCCAUGCUCUCUUUCCCAUGCUCUCUUUCCCAUGCUCUCUUUCCCAGGCUCUCUUUCCCAGGCUCUCUUUCCCAGACUCUCUUUCCCAGGCUCUCUUUCCCAGGCUCUCUUUCCCAUGCUCUCUUUCCCAUGCUCUCUUUCCCAGGCUCUCUUUCCCAGGCUCUCUUUCCCAUGCUCUCUUUCCCAUGCUCUCUUUCCCAGGCUCUCUUUCCCAGGCUCUCUUUCCCAGACUCUCUUUCCCAGGCUCUCUUUCCCAGACUCUCUUUCCCAUGCUCUCUUUCCCAGGCUCUCUUUCCCAUGCUCUCUUUCCCAUGCUCUCUUUCCCAGACUCUCUUUCCCAGGCUCUCUUUCCCAUGCUCUCUUUCCCAGGCUCUCUUUCCCAUGCUCUCUUUCCCAGGCUCUCUUUCCCAUGCUCUCUUUCCCAUGCUCUCUUUCCCAUGCUCUCUUUCCCAUGCUCUCUUUCCCAGGCUCUCUUUCCCAUGCUCUCUUUCCCAUGCUCUCUUUCCCAUGCUCUCUUUCCCAUGCUCUCUUUCCCAGACUCUCUUUCCCAGGCUCUCUUUCCCAUGCUCUCUUUCCCAUGCUCUCUUUCCCAUGCUCUCUUUCCCAUGCUCUCUUUCCCAGGCUCUAUUUCUCAUGCUCUCUUUCCCAUGCUCUCUUUCCCAUGCUCUCUUUCCCAUGCUCUCUUUCCCAUGCUCUCUUUCCCAGGCUCUCUUUCCCAGGCUCUCUUUCCCAUGCUCUCUUUCCCAUGCUCUCUUUCCCAGGCUCUCUUUCCCAUGCUCUCUUUCCCAGGCUCUAUUUCUCAUGCUCUCUUUCCCAUGCUCUCUUUCCCAUGCUCUCUUUCCCAGACUCUCUUUCCCAGGCUCUCUUUCCCAUGCUCUCUUUCCCAUGCUCUCUUUCCCCGGCUCUCUUUCCCAGGCUCUCUUUCCCAUGCUCUCUUUCCCAUGCUCUCUUUCCCAUGCUCUCUUUCCCAUGCUCUCUUUCCCAUGCUCUCUUUCCCAGGCUCUCUUUCCCAUGCUCUCUUUCCCAUGCUCUCUUUCCCAGGCUCUCUUUCCCAGGCUCUCUUUCCCAUGCUCUCUUUCCCAGGCUCUCUUUCCCAGGCUCUCUUUCCCAGGCUCUCUUUCCCAGGCUCUCUUUCCCAUGCUCUCUUUCCCAUGCUCUUUUUCCCAUGCUCUCUUUCCCAUGCUCUCUUUCCCAGGCUCUCUUUCCCAGGCUCUCUUUCCCAGGCUCUCUUUCCCAGGCUCUCUUUCCCAUGCUCUCUUUCCCAGGCUCUCUUUACCAUGCUCUCUUUCCCAGGCUCUCUUUCCCAGGCUCUCUUUCCCAGGCUCUCUUUCCUAG